GCUGCGGUGCUCGCAUCAAGCUGCCAGACAUGGUUACCUGCUCACGAGCCGCACAGAGGGCAUGUGUAUAGGUGUGGAGGUCCAGCUUGGACCCCUUUUUGAGAUCCACUGCUGCUCCAGAUUGCCGUUGAUGCAUUUGAAAGGAGGAGGAGGAGGAGGAGCAAGAGGAGUAGGAGGAGUCAAGAAUGGGGCUCUUGGUGUCUGGCGCGGUUGAGUUGGUAUAACAUCGGAUCACCCCAGCUCAAUGUCUUGCGGUCCCCAGACACUCCUUUAUCUCCUCUGGCAACUGGAGCUUCUUCGACAACCGUCACACACGCCUUCUUCACUGAACCCCCGGUCACUAGAAGCUGCAUCCAGGUCGUCAUGGCUGUUGGUGGUCGUGGUAACGAGGUCCAAGGCAAUGGCAUUGCCAUGCUGGUGUUGAGCACAAUCGCUACAGCAUUGCGCAUCUACUGCCGUGGCUGGGUCAUCAAGGCAUUUGCUCUUGACGACUGGCUGGCCAUUGUUGCUCAGAUCCUAUUCAUCGUCUUUUGUGCUUUCGAGAUCACUGGUGUUCAUUAUGGCACUGGUCAGCACAUCGCGAACAUUGCCCCUGAAGCCAUUCCCAAGGCCAUGGAAUCAUGGUGGAACUGCGAGCCCCUAUACGUACUGGCCAACAUGGCAAUCAAAGCAAGCAUUUCCCUAUUCCUGCUGCGCAUCUGCGUUGCCAAGGUACAAAAGAUCAUCAUCUGGACUUGCUUGGUCGUCACGGAGGUCUACAGCACCUUCUUCUUCCUCUUGUUCGUCCUCCAGUGCCGGCCGACAUCUCUUUUCUGGCUGAGGUAUGGGCCGGAUCCCCCGGCAGGGAGCUGCCUCGACCCCAGUAUCGUGCCUGCCGCCUUCUACGGUUAUUCGGCCAUCAGCUGCGUCGUCGACUGGACAUUCAGCAUCUUGCCCAUCUUCCUCGUCUGGAAUCUCCAGAUGAACUUUCGCAUGAAGGUUUCCGUUGUGCUCAUCUUGGCUGCCGGUGUCAUUGCCUCCAGUGCCACGAUUGUCCGGUUCCCGUACCUGUACUCUCUUACCGAUGUCGAAGACUUCCUGUACUCGACCUCUGACGUCGCCAUCUGGUCCACCGUCGAGACCGGUCUCGCCAUCACAGCCGCCGGAGUUGCCACCCUCCGCCCACUCCUCCGCACAUUCUUUGGUGGUGGCUCGUCCGCACCAGACUAUGGCAACUCGGCCCGCAAAUGGCAUAGGACUGGCAGUGCCCACCAGAACGAGCCCGGCUUCGACCUGCAGCACCGCAGCCAAAAGGGCCUCGGCGUCACCACCGUCAUCGACCACAGCAGGAUCCCCAACGAGGUCGAUCUCGAGGGCAACAAGAACGACGCCCGCUCCGUGGCUUCCGACCCGUUCCAGCAGGAGGAGGACUGGAACAGCAGUGACUCGAACCUUGCUACCAGAGGCAAGGCGCCCGAGCACUCGGAUACCCCUUGGAACAUCCACGUGAAGAAGUCGAUCGUUCAGACGAGGACGUAGUGUUGUCAGCAAUGGAUAGUUUUGGAAAUGAAAAGGGCCGGAACACGAAUGCAAGAAUCGUUUGACCGAUGCUGUUUGGAAGCUUUGAGGUGUUUUCUGGAGAGGUCAGAGAUACGGGAUGACAUCACAUUGGCCGACGCUUGAUAGGACUCAAAGACUUGUGUGUGAGAUACCCAAUGUACAUAUUUAUAUACCAACAUUAAUGUCAGUUUCGCUGC